AUGUCGACAGUUCAACGGCUUCCAGGUCGACCAGGGAACUUGACCACCGAGCAGGAAACCAAGCUUAAGGAGCUAUGGGCCGAGGCAUCCCGUGUCUUCGGUCUGACGACUACCCCUGGACCUUCCUCGUCCGACUCGACUGAUACCAAAUCCAUUGAGAAGAAGAAGAGUGGACGGUUUGGAUUACUCUCUCGCAAGUCGACCAACAAAUCCACCGAUCCCGAUAACACCGACGACAAGUUUAAUCAAAACAAAGAUUAUCAAGACGCUAUUGCCAACCAGACACCAGAUGAGCUGCGGAAGUCCUUUUGGGGGUUAGUCAAGGCGGACCAUCCUGAUGCUCUCAUGCUUCGAUUUCUCCGGGCUAGGAAGUGGGAUGUUCAGAAUGCUUUGAUCAUGCUUGUUUCUACAAUUCACUGGCGUUCCACGGAGAUGGAUGUUGAUGAACUCGUCUUCUCCGGAGAAGAGGGCGCCGCUAAGGCUGCUGACGACGGUACAAUCAAGCAGUUACGUAUGGGUAAGGCAUUCGUUCAUGGUACAGAUAAGCAGGGCCGACCUAUCUGUGUGAUUAGAAGUCGCUUGCAUCACGCUAAGGACCAAAACGAAGAGUCCAUGGAGCGAUUCACCAUUCUUUUGAUGGAGAGUACGCGAUUGAUGUUGAAGGAGCCCGCAGAUACUGCCACAAUCAUCAUGGACCUUAAUGGUUUUUCAAUGGCUAACAUGGAUUACACGCCGUUAAAGUUCAUCAUCAAGUGUUUCGAGGCACAUUACCCCGAAUCCCUGGGAGUGUGUCUCGUUCAUAAGGCGCCAUGGGUUGCACAAGGCAUCUGGAAGAUCGUCAAAGGUUGGCUGGACCCUGUCGUGGCCUCCAAAAUCCAUUUCACAAAUUCACAAGCCGACUUGGAACAAUUCAUCUCCCCUAACCAUAUUUACACGGAGCUUGGCGGCACGCAGAAAUGGGAAUACACCUACAUUGAGCCUGUUGCUGGCGAAAAUUUCAAGCUUGCGGACAGCACAACGAGGGAGAAGCUCCUUGCCGAGCGCAAUGUCAUUGAAGCGAAAUUUGAGGAGGCGACGAAGAAGUGGGUUGCCGGUGUCGACACAAAACAGGAGAGAGAAGCUUUAGCUGCUGAACUGCAACAUCAGUACUGGGCCCUUGACCCCUACGUCAGAGCUCGUACGGUGUACGAUAGGUUGGGGCUGUUGCAUGAGUAA